AUGGACAUCAUUGCCGCCCUCGCCUUUUUGGCCCUCGCCGCCGCCUUUCCUCUAGAGAAUAAUGAACCAACAAAGAUCCUCCGCUCAGAACAUGAGCAAAGUCCCGAAGGGCAAUACAACUUCAAUUUCGAAACCGACGAUGGAACUUCACGCCAGGAAGAAGGUACACUCAAGGAAGUCCUAGAUGAGGAGAAGAAACCCCACAAUGUCGUUGUCGUUCGCGGAUCUUACACCUAUGUCAGCGAUGGCAAACCAGAUACCAUCACCUACGAAGCUGAUGAGAAAGGCUACCGCGCUUCUGGUGAUUCCAUCCCUAAACAAGCUUCCAGGAGA